AUGUCCCUCGCCAUGUACAACAGCAACACCCUUGCCAACAGCAGAGCAGAUCCCCCGGGUGACUACGCACGAUCCAUGAGUGUCAGGUCGCUUGGAUCGGAGGCCUCUGCCGACACUGACCAGACCAGCAAGGAUGAUUUUGAAGGUGCCCCUGGCCUUUACAAGCGAUCUGUGAGCACAAAGAAAAUUGGGGUUUCAAUUCGACACAUCGAUGUCCCGAACGAGGAGAUUGCCCAGAUUGCCGAGAAAGAAUGCGACACUCCCGGCCUCUACAAGCGAUCUAAGAGCACCAAAUGGACUGCUGCAUCCACGCGCAACAUUGACAUCUCGAAGGCUGAGGUUCUCACCAGUGUGAACGACGAAGCCGAGCCAAUCGCCAGGAAACAUGGCCAACCAACCGUACGAUUUACCCUAGAGAGCAACUAG